UUUCUGUACUUGUCCGGUCCUUGUGACCAUACGCGGCCCUAGCGCCGGUGGGAGCCUCAGGGCAGCAAUCAUUAUAGCAAAUAAUAAACAAAGAAUAAUGAAUGUAACGGCAAGACAAAAAGAAAUAUUAAUAAAUAAUUUGAAAAGUCAUGCGGAAUUAGUGGGGAGGUCGAGUAAACCGAAAAAAUGAGAGUAAAAGAAAAUUGAAUGAUAUGUGGAAUAAAAUUGCUGAACAUAUUAAUGCAAGUAACGAAGGCCCUCAAAAAAGUGGACAAGAAUGGGCGAAAGUUAAUAUUUCCUUCCACUGAGUAUCCAGACAUGGAAAGCUAUGAAGUCAUGUAUUAUAUUUUGAAAAAAGAAGCAAGACGACGUAGUUAUAUACAAGGGACAGAAGGUGGACCUCCUCCUCAAAUAUUUCUCUCUAGUUUUGAAGAGGAAGUUUUGGAAUUUUUAACACCAGAAGCAGCUGGAUUGCAAAACAUCCCAGAAGGUGGAAUAAUUGAGACAGCAGAAGAGACGCAGACUUUAUCAGAAUGUUGUUCAACAUCUCAAAUUAAUCAGUUUACAUCUCAUGACAAAGUAAUAGAAAAACAGAAUAUAUUGCCACAUGUAGAAAUUGAUGAUAAUAUUGAAAAUACACCACCAAAUAUUACUAAAAGGAAAAAAAAUGUUAACAUACCAGAAAAUAAUACAAGAAAAGAAAAAUCAAUUCAUCAUUUAUCAUAUAGCAUGUUGCAAAUUCAAGAAAUGAAAUUAAAACUAAAAAGAAAAGAAAUAAAAAUUAGAAAAAAAACUUUAAAAGUGCAAGAAAAUAUUAUGUUCGAAUUAAAAGAAAUCAAGUCCAUUUUGCAAAUAGAGUCUGCAAGUGAAUUUAUAAUAUGAGAAAUGUGAAGAUAUAACUUAAGAAAAACGAUAUAUAUUAAGAGCUAUACGU